UAUCUUCGGGGAUGGACUAAAGAAAACAAUAUUAACUCGGCAUUCCGUAGCCACAUAGUCGUCCUAAUGGUGAUAUUCUUUCUGCAAGUGCGUGGAUAUCUACCAACCAUCUACCAACUUCAAUAUGGUCGGACACCCGAUGUUGGCCCUUGGAUAACAACAUUUAAUAAACGUUCAUUAAAGCAUUAUAAGAUGAAGGAAGUUAAUGUAGGCCUUGAGCAGACUCACCGUAUGCUUUCAGACUUUUUUCAGUACUUUUUGGCAUUCAAUUUUUCGAAGAUGGUUGUUUGUCCUUUCUUAGGAAGGGAAGUCUUGCGCAGUAAACUGAAAUACUCAAUGCCUGCAAGAUGCCGAGAAUUCAUUGGGAAAAUAACCUUUAAAAAGAAUACAGUUGCCAUUCAGGACCUGGUACACCUCAACCACAACAAGGGAGCGAAAAUUGCCAAGCGGGUUUUGGACCACUUCUUGAAAAGAUGUCGCCUGGAAUUAAACGGACUCUUUAAGACUUAACCAUGUUAUCACUCUUUAUAUUAUUUCAUCUAAAAAAUUUGGA